AGCAUCUCAAUUUAUUUCCACUGCAAUGAAAAAGCCAAUAAUGACUUUGGCUGAACCCAUCUUAGCUUCCAUCUCAGAAAUCAUAGGUUCUAUAGGGUGCAGUGAAGAAGAACAUGAAAAGUUUAUUGAGAUUGGAAGCUACUUUUAUCGAGCGUCUUUAGCCAUUAUGGAGCUACAAGCAAUAGACCCAAUAAAUCUUGAUGAAAUCUUCCGAUCUCUAGRCAAUAGCAUCAAUAUUGCCAAGGAUCUUGUGGAAAAGUUCCUAACAGGAAUUCAACUAACCUCAGAUCCCAAACCAAUUAGCAUCAUAGGUCUGCUAGAAGAGGUGAUAAAACAAAUGGGCGAAUGCUUGAGCAAGACCAGCAUCUAUACAUACGAGGAUCAGAAUUAUGUGAAAAUGGCAGUUCAGUCCCUUUCAGAUGAGAUGCAGAAUAUGUCCACUAAAGUUUUCCAAGCUCAAGCCAUAACCAACGAGGAAGAGAUACAAACUUCUUUGGAGGAACAAUCAGAAAAAGAACCAGAAGUUAUAGAAAAAGAUCUAUACCCCGUUGACAUGGAUUGGGACACGAAGGAUACACAUUUCCCAAUUGCUUCGGAGUCGAGUGAAGCCGUUACAAAUACAAAAAGAAGAAGCCAAAUGAAGUAUAGAAAUGUUACAGAAUCCUUGACAAAACUACCCUCAAUGGCUCACUACAUAGAGCCACUCUUUGAGACCUUCUUCUGUCCAUUGACAAAGGAUAUUAUGGAUGAUCCAGUAAGCCUAGAAACAGGAGCAACAUAUGAAAGACAAGCAAUUGUUGAUUGGUUUGAAGAGUAUGAAGAAUCUGAGGAAAUUUUCUGCCCGGUCACAGGGCAAAAGCUGGUGUCUAAAGCCUUUAAUUCCAACAGAGCUCUGAAGUCUACAAUAGACAAAUGGAAGGAGCGCAAUGAGAUAGCAAGAAUCAAAGUCGCCCGAGCCGCUCUGUCUUUGGCCAGUUCAGAUGAAAUGGUGCUCGAGGCAAUCGAAGACCUGUUGAGCAUCUGCAAAGGGAAGCAGUGCAACGUAGAACGGAUCUUCAAUUUUGAUAUGUUACCUUUACUCGUUAAGUUUCUGGAGUACAAAGACAGAGAUGUUAGAUAUGGAGUUCUGGAGCUAUUGCAACAAAUGGCAGAAAUCGAUGAAGAUAAGAAGAAAAUGAUCUAUAACCAAUUGGAUAUGUUGAGAAUGAUCAAACUACUAUCAAGUAGUCACCAGUUCAUACGGAACACAUCGUUGCUUCUGGUGCUUGAGCUUUCAAGAUCACAGUCAUUGUCUGAUCAAAUCGGUUCAGUAACUGGAGCGAUUCCAAUGCUGAUCACCAUGAAGUACAACCGAUCCGAUGAAUUUGCUUCCAGAAAGGCAGAUGAAACAUUGAGAAACUUAGAGAGAUCUCCAACUAAUAUCAAGCUUAUGGCAGAACAUGGACUCUUGGAACCCCUCUUAAGGUAUCUUACUGAAGGUAGUGAGUGGAUGAGAAUAGAAAUGGCAAGCUAUCUUGGGGAGAUGGUUAUCGAACAUAACUGUAUGGCGCAUGUAGCUGAGACAGCCUCUCCAGCUCUUGUCAAGAUGGUGCACGAAGGAGAUGCAUUUAUCAGAAAGGCAGCAUUUAAAGCUCUACUGCAGAUUUCAUCUCACAAGCCAAAUGGUAAAAUACUGGCAAAAGCUGGCACUGUACAAGUCAUGGUUGAAGAGAUGUUCACUCGUACCAUCUGUGAUGAACUUAAUGACCCAAAAAAAGAAGCAGCUCGAAUACUGGCAAAUAUAUGUGAGUCCAACCUCAAUCCUGAGAUACUUCAAGUUAAUAGUCACGGCUCCACUAUGAGUUCAGAGUAUGUAGUCUACAACAUUAUUGACGUGCUCGAGAACUCAACCCCAGAUGAAUUUAGCCUGAGCCUCGUCAGAAUAUUAUUAUGCUUGACAAAAUCUCCAAAACCAAUCGACACCAUUGUUUCAGGUGUAAAAAACACUGAAGCAUGUGAUACACUCAUAGAGUUCAUCAGUAGUCCAGAUGAGGAACUUGAAGUGGCAGCAAUAAAACUGCUUAUCUCAUUGUCCCCUUACAUGGGAUUCACAAUGGCAGAAAGACUCUGCAAAACCAGUGGCCAAGUGGAGAACCUUAUCAGGAGCAUUACCUGGACAAACCAAAUCACAGAGAAGCAAGCACUUUCAGCAACAUUCUUGGCAAAACUACCCCACCAGAGCCUAACUCUCAACACUGCUCUAGUAGACAAGAACAUCGUGCCCAAGAUCCUGCAAACGAUCAAUCAAAUACAACGCAGUGGAACAAGAAUGAGCGGGUAUGCAACUGCUUUACUAGAGGGUUCAGUGGGCAUUCUCGUCAGAUUCACAGCAACACUUUAUGAGCCACAAAUGUUGUUUCUAGCAAAAUUUCACAAUUUCACAUCAUUAUUUACUAACCUGCUCACCCAAACAUCAAGUGAUGAAGUUCAAAAGCUAUCCGCCAUUGGGUUGGAGAAACUAUCAUCAGCAUCCAUGAGUUUAUCUAAGCCCCUGGAUACCAAAACAAACAAGGUCAGAAAAUUCCUCCACUUACGCAAGCUUCUAUCGCUUGGUUCAUCAAAGAAGAGCCACUUACGAGUAUGCCCAGUUCAUAAAGGGGCUUGCUCUUCACAAAACACAUUCUGUUUAGUCCAUGCCAAGGCAAUUGAAAGGCUAUUGACGUGUUUAGGCCAUGAGAAUGAAGAGGUAGUUGAAGCAGCUUUGUCAGCCAUCUCUACACUGGUGGAUGACGAAGUCGAUUUGGACAGAAGUGUGAGCCUACUGAGCGAAUUUGACACAAUAAGGCAUGUUCUGAAUGCGGUGAGAAUGCACAGACAAGAGACUCUAUGGCAUAAAUCAUUCUCGUUAAUCGAGAGAUUCUUGCUUAGAGGUGGGGAACAGUCUCUUUCCAGCAUAUCACAGGACAGAUCGUUGCCCGCCAUAUUGGUAACUGCUUCCCAUCAGGGAGACGGCGAGACGAAGCAGAUAGCCGAGAAGAUAUUGAGGCAUUUGAAUAUGGUACCAAAUUUCUCUGUUCCAAAUUAUACUCUGUGAUUAGUGUACAUUGACACUGUACAAAUGAAAAGGAAAAUAUAAGUUUGGCGCUGUUCAUAAAUUCUCGAAA